AUGGCGAUUCUAAAGGCAUGCCAUGACUCUCCUGUUGGGGGUCAUCAUAGUGGUAACCGGACUGCUGCUAAAGUUCUUGAAUGCGGUUAUUACUGGUCGACUAUCUAUCAUGAAGCAAAUCUAUUGGUGCGGUCUUGUGAUCAAUGUCAGAAGCAAGGGAGUAUAGGUAGAAGACAAGAGAUGCCCAUAAACUUUCUGAUGGAAGUGGAGGUGUUCGAUGUCUGGGGAAUUGAUUUUAUGGGACCCUUUGUGAGCUCUGGUGGCAUAAAGUAUAUCUUCGUUGCUGUGGACUAUAGCCUUAACGGGAUUGAUGGAGAAGUAUGGCGCAAGCAUAGGGUGGCAACACCCUAUCAUCCUCAGACAAGUGGGCAAGUUCAAGUCUCCAAUCGGGAGAUCAAGAGUAUUCCACCUAAAAUGGUGAAUGCAAAUAGAACUGAUUGUGCCCGCAAGCUUGAUGAUGCUCUAUGGGCAUACCAGACUGCUUUUAAGACUCCGAUUGGGACUUCACCCUUUAAGAUCAUUAUCGAAAAAGCUUGUUACCUGCCGGUUGAACUUGAACAUAAGGCUAUGUGGGCCUUGAAUAAAUUGAACAUGGAUUGGGAAGAGGCAACCAAACUCAGGUUGUUUCAACUCAAUGAGAUGGAUGAAUUCCAGUACCAAGCGUAUGAAAGUGCAACACUUUAUAAAGAGAGAAUGAAGCAGUAUCAUGAUAAGAAAAUCCUGAAGCGAGAAUUCUACAAGGGUGAUCCUGUCUUGCUGUUUAACUCUCGAUUGAAACUGCUACCGGGUAAGCUAAAGUCAAGGUGGUCCGGUCCGUUUGAGGUGGUAAGUGUUUCACCCCAUAGGGCGAUUGAACUGAAGUCCGGAGAUGGAACUCGGACAUUUAAGGUGAAUGGCCAGAGGGUGAAACAUUAUCAUGGGAUGGUUGAUCGAGAUAGAAUUGUUGACCGAUACCAGUUGAAGCAUCCUGGAACGAAUGUUGACUCAGCAAGUCUUGACCAAGAGUAA